CUAGCAACAAGAUUUCAGUAAACCAUCCGCCAUUUUGUUUUCUUUUUGAUGGCAAUUUUCUCAUGAAAACUCGAACUUUCUUAUCGUUUUUCAUAAUUUUCAGAGUUAAAACACAUUUGUAGUUGCUCUUAGAAGAUUUUUGAACUUAGAAACUCGCUAAUAGUACUGGUCCUGACCUGUUCUUGUGGUUUAACGAUGUAGUAAAAGCACAAUUUUCAAAACGACUAAAUUUCUACGCCAAGCAUGAGUAAAUCACGUCAAGAAAAGACAAARACCCCAGCYCAAUCUGCCCCUCCACCUCCKGUUAGCAAUGAUAUUGUACCUGGAAGAUUCACGGAAGCUGACUGGAAUCAAAUGCUCGAUGUUGAAGAUGGAGAAGAGUUUGUUUWUGAGAUUGUUCAAGAUAUUGUUCAGUCCACCAUGGACAUCCUUCAUGACAAGUACAUAGCWAGUCAGACGCUACCAUACACAGUCCAGGAAGCCAGACAAGUCUUGCUGGACAUCAUUGAGUGGCAGUUUCUUGCGUGYGACAGUGGAGAAGAUAAUCCAUCUAUUGAUCCCACRUGGCUGGAAGAGGAUGAGCCAAUUGCCCCAGUGACMGAUUCCUGGGCGCAAGGAUCAGUGCCAGUCAUGAUGCCAAGACCAAUUAGUACUGAAAACUCUGCWGCUUCUGUGAGUUCAGAGGCAAACAGUGAAGACAGCUGUAUUGGAGAAGACAGACCAGAGAAAUUCUCUUGCAGGGCUCCUGAACCACCCUUUGAAAAUAUAGAAAUACCAGAAACCCCCCUAACUAUACCUAGUCCUGUCCAGCCAUCACCUAAAACAAAACCAAACAUACAACCAAAACCACCAGAAAAGAAGCAAUCUACUAAGCCAAAAAGACGUGGUCCUUUCAAGAAACACAAAGGCAAACUGCCUGCUUUUUCUGGCAUUGAUCUAACRUCAGUAACAGAUGUUCGUAUCAUGGACAGUCAGUAUAACAGUAGAGGGGAUGCUGUCCCAACACUAAAUGAAAAAGGAAUGACACUUUUGUCAUCUUCCUCAUCAAUAUUAAAGUCCAGCACAGCAAGUUUGACAACUAAAGAUGAUUGGUCAGAUAUCCAAAGGAGUUUUAGUGGAUGUGUUAGCAGCUUGUACAACAAUAACAACAUGAACUUAAAGACACAGCAAGGCAGACCUCCUGGUAACAAAGAUGUUGUGUAUGAUGAAUGGGGWAAUGUUGCAGCUGUCAUCAAAUUGAAUCCAGAAAAACUUCCCUCUUAUAGAGUGCGCACAAAGUUUACUGUUGUCGACCCGGCUUCAACGGAUUCAAACRUGAAGAGUCACAAGCAUAAAACUGGUACCAGAGAUUCCAGGAAUACUGUGUCUGGUAAAGGAUUUGAUGGUAGAAGUAACAAAGAMAGCAUGAUGGUACAUGGUCCAGUAUCACCCUUGCCACCACCACUGGUUGAUUCUAUGGAUAUCAGUGCUGGUGUUGUAGUGCGUGAAGGGGACGUUGUCCGACGAGGCCCUAUUCAGGUUCCUCGAAAAAUUGACAGACGAAUUUCACCAGCACAGUUAUUGCCAUUAGAUGCCACGCCCUCAGCGCGAGGCACAGUCGAAGCCAUUCCUAGGUCAUCGCCAGUUAUAAGACCAUUAAACAUGUCAGAUCCAAUACCGCCGAUACAGCCAUCAUCACAAUCAGCCUGAUUGCUUUGGUUUUAUCCUGUUCAAGACGAUUGUAGAAGGCGUGAAUUUGUAUAUAAGCUGUGUAGUCUUGUAAAUAAAUUAUUAUUGUUUGUGUUGAA